AUGCAAGGCCAUACCGACUGGAUAAGCGGCGUUGUACACUUGCGGGGCGGACGACACAUCGUCACAUGUUCGUUGGAUGGCUCACUCCGACUAUGGAGCUUAGAGAGCGGUGCACAGAUAGGCGAGGACUGGCGGGACGGGAAUGAUGCAGUGCGGUCCAUAGCAUUGUCUCCAAAUGGAAAGACAAUUGCAAGCGGAAGCGAGGACGGGAAAGUGAGGUUGUGGGACGUCAAAACAAAAAAGGUCAUUGCAAAAUGGGCGAGACACACCAAUGUUGUGUGUGCAUUGUGCUGGAGUGCAGAUGGCGAGCGACUAGCGAGUGGAUCCUGGGAUGGGACGACAAGAGUCUGGGAUGUUAGCAGCAGCAAAACUGUCCUGACAAUCGAGACCGGGCAUGAUUGGGUGUAUGCGGUAAUGUACUCGCCUGACUCUUCAAAACUUGCGACGAGCGGUUAUAAGGAGAACGCUGUGCAUAUCUGGAAUGCGAAGACAGGCGAACGUCUCAAAACACUUGAAAUUCAAACACACAGCUGGGCUUUCGGCUUGGCAUGGACGUCGGAUGGAAGCAAGCUUCUUUCCAGUUCAUAUAGCCUGAUUAGGAUAUUCGACACUGCCACUUGGCAGCAGAUUGCCACGCUUGAAGACGGUCACAAGGACGUUGUCUUCGCCAUCUCCUUGUGUCAGGACACCCGCCUCCUUGCAAGUGCAUCAUGGGAUAAAACAGCGCGCUUAUGGAAUCCUCAAACCAACCUCCCAGUCGGACCACCCCUCUGUUACGAAUGGGGUUUGCGCUCUGCAGCCCUUUCCCCUGAUGGAAAGAUGCUAGUCACUACUUGCGAAAAUAAGAACGUGUACACAUGGGACGUUUACGCCAUCCUCAAAAAAAUUGGCCUUGAAGACCUAAUUUUCGAAGAUGAUCAGCGCAUAUCCCGCUCUUCGCUCGAUGGCAAGACAUUUUUGGAAGCUGAUGCUACGCAAUAUCCUGGCCAGUCAGGUGGACUCGAACACAACACAUCUCAAGGCGGUUUAGAUAUACAGCACACAUCACGCUCUUCGCUCGAUGGCAAGUCAUUUUUGGAAGCUGAUGCUACGCAAUAUUCUGACCAGUCUGGUGGUGUCAAUGAGCUCUCACCAACGUUUUUUGCCGGCAUGGAAGCCGAUGUUACUACCUCUCCCAUUGGUACACACCCUCAUUUCUCUGUAAAUGCACUCCGUUCAUCGUUCCUCCGCCGCUUUCGACCCAAAAAUGAUGAAGCGACUGAACUUCCGGAACCCUCCACACCUUUGCGGUUAGAUCCGCAUGUGCUCCUAGCUAGCCUUUCCUCAUUUUUACCUCGACUUCGACCUGGCACUGAUGAAGAAUCUGAACCUUAUCCCACAAUACCUUUCAGUUCGCGUCUAGAUGCACUUUUCAGUCGGUUGUCCCCACCCUUGCGCUCUCAACCCCACACCAAUGAGAAUGUCGAACCCCCGCAACGCCCAAGCUGUCCUCGUGUUGUCGAAGUGGCUGCGAUACGGGACAAGCAGUCUUUGGUUGUCGCUCGGGGGCCAAAUUUCAUGAAAGCAAAACGAGCAAAUGAGCAAACCCAAUCGCACAGUCAGCCUACCGAUGCCUCGAGACCCGCGACACCUCCUGUUCCAGGUGCUAGCACUACCACAGCAGGUACAGCAGUCGCACAGUCACUACUCAUCCAAUGGUGGACCCAGAUCGUGUUAUUUCUCUGCUGUGUAUCACCAUCACACGCUAAUAGUCAUUGAUACAGCUAGCGUUGUAGCAUAUGCUGAACUGUCUCACCUUUGCUUCUGGUGAUUCUGCACUUAUAUUUCUUUCGUUAUGCCUUUCAGCACAUCAUCAAUCUACUUUCCUCGUCGUGAUUCGUUGUCUAUGCGAUAUUUUUGAUAUUCGACGUUUUCGCCUUCAAACAAACGCGUGUCCUUCUGCACCGAAGGCCACAAGGUCACACUGCAGGAAGAUUGUGACUUUGGCAAACACCACACCCACUGAAUGUACGUUGUCAGCACUUUGAAUAUAUUGCACCGUUAGUAUGCUCCAUACCAAGAGCAGUCCCUAUCUGCC